AUGCGUCUGUCAUUCUUUGUUUCGAUCGUCUUAAUUCCUCCGGGUUUUAUUGGCACCGAACAAUCUUACGACCCCUUCAUCGGUAAACGCGACGUAAGCUCUACUGAAUAUGACUAUGUAGUUGUUGGUUCAGGCGCAGGAGGAGGCCCUGUCGCCGCCAACCUUGCUAUUGCGGGCUACAAAGUUCUCUUGAUUGAUGCUGGAGGCGACUCCGGCGAGGACUUGGUCGAGAAAGUCCCAGCUUUGAACCUCCUGUCGACCGAAUUCGAGAAGACGCGCUGGAACUACUUCGUCAACCACUACCCCGACAUGGAACAGCAGAAGCGAGAUUCGAAGAUGACCUACGAGAAGUCGGACGGCAGCUUCUAUGUUGGACGCGACCCACCCAAGGAUGCUAAGCCUCUGGGCAUCUUGUAUCCUCGUGCUGGAACUCUAGGAGGAUGUACGCGACACAAUGCUCUUAUCACCAUUGGUGCUCACGACAGUGAUUGGAGCAACAUUGCUACCAUCACCGGCGAUAACUCUUGGAACCCAAAGAAUAUGCAGUCGUACUUUAAGAAGCUGGAGAAGAACAUGUACCUGCCUAGCAGUAUUGUCGGCCAUGGAUUCAAGGGCUGGCUCGGCACAUCUUUGACUUCGCUCACGUUGGUCUUGGAGGAUUUGAAGUUUUUAUCUCUGGUCAUUUCAGCUGCCUCAGCUACGGGCAAGAGCCUCGUGGGAUUUCUUCUUCAUACCGUCGGUGGACUUGGUCAGAUCUUGCUUCGUGACAUCAACGCCCCGGGUCAGACAAGCAAGACUGGUCUUUACCAAGUUCCACUCUCCAUGACCAACUCAGUUCGUGGCGGGCCCCGGGAUCUGAUCCUUGACACAGCGAAUGCCGUGAACAAGGACGGUUCUCGCAAGUAUCACCUGGAUAUAAAGCUCGAUACUCUUGUCUCCAAGAUUCGCUUCGAUAAGAGUGGUUCCAAGCCUCGUGCCGUUGGCGUGGACUACCUUGAAGGCCAGAGUCUCUAUAACGCCGACCCUCGCUCCACAUCCACCAAGCCCAGCGACUCUGGAAGUGUUAGUGCCAGACGCGAGGUGAUUAUCUCUGCCGGUAGCUUCAACACGCCUCAACUUCUCAAGCUCAGCGGUAUUGGACCCAAGAAGGAGCUUGGGUCUUUCGAAAUUCCUGUGUUGGUUGACCUUCCUGGCGUUGGAACCAAUCUUCAAGAUCGCUACGAAGCCACAGUGAUUGGAAAGACUGCCAAGGAUUUUAAAAUCACGUCCAAGUGCACCUUCAUGGAGACGGAUCCUGAUCCUUGUCUGGAAGACUGGAAGAACGGUCUGACACCUAUUGACAAGGGUGUAUACGCCACCAACGGAAUCGCACUGGCGGCUGUCAUGAAGUCUUCAGUUGCACAGAACGAACCAGAUCUUCUAGUCUCUGGUGCGCCGGCUAAGUUCACUGGGUACUUCCCCGGCUACGCUCUUGACUCCCUUGCAGAUGCUCGACAUUGGGCGUGGAUCAUCCUCAAGGCUCACAGCCGCAACAAUGCUGGAACUGUCACAUUGAAGUCCAAGGACCCGAGAGAUAUGCCGGUUAUCAACUUCAACUACUACGACACUGGGGUCAACAAGAACGGAGAAGGCGAAAAGGACCUGCAAGCGACAUAUGAGGGAUUCCAGUUUGCCCGAAAGGCAUUUGACAGUCUUAUCCCUCUUGAUGGCGACUUUGAUGAAGUCUGGCCCGGCAACAAUGUGACCAAGAAGGAAGACGCGAAGCAAUUUCUCAAGGAUGAGGCAUGGGGUCACCACGCUUCUUGCACAUGCCCUAUCGGUUCAGAUGAUGAUCCUAUGGCGGUUCUUGACUCCGAAUUCAAGGUUCGUGGCACAGAAGGUCUCCGAGUCGUGGAUGCGAGUGUCUUUCCCAAGAUUCCCGGUUUCUACAUCGCCUUGCCUCUUUACAUGGUUGCAGAGAAGGCUAGUGAUGUGAUUAUCAAGGCAGCCAAGUCAACUUAG